AGAUCUUAGCUGUUUGCAGAACAUCCCGCUUGGCUGUGGUCAAUUCAGACGGUGACGAUCCCUGCGGCUCAGCCAGCAAGAAACCCGGGUGUGACGCGGAGGACCCGAAGGAGGCCGGCAGACACAGUGGCCAGGAAGGCAGGUCCGACAUCUUGAAGUUAAAAGCCCAGCAUGCGGAGCUGCAGGAAGCGCAGGUGGAUCAGGCAGCGGGGUGCUCCCCUGUGGGGCAGAAGGCCAGCCUCCACCACACGGGUUCCCCCGUGAGAGGGCAGCGCAGCAAAGGGGCAGCCUCAUGUUCUCAUGCAGCUGCCUCCGAUUAUGAGCUCUCCCUUGACUUAAAGAAUAAACAGGUCGAAAUGCUAGAGCACAAAUAUGGGGGCCACCUGGUCUCUCGGAGGGCGGCCUGCACCAUCCAGACGGCCUUCCGCCAGUACCAACUCAGCAAAAACUUUGAGAAGAUACGGAACUCGCUCCUGGAGAGCCGUAUGCCUCGGCGAAUUUCACUGAGGAAAGUCCGAGUCCAGAACUCUGAAAGUUUUUCUGCUGAGAAAGCCCUGGUCGAAGGAUACAAUUUUGUUGGCCUUCCUUUGGUGAGAUCCCCAUCUUUGCCGGCCACAAUCAGUGGGGCGCUGACUGAACUGGAGGACUCUUUCACCGAGCAAGUCCAGUCUUUGGCCAAAUCUAUCGACGAUGCCCUCAGCACAUGGAGCCUGAAGACGAUGUGUUCCCUUCAAGACGGCGGCUCCUACCAGAUAAGAGAAACAUUUAGUACUAGCGCAAUGCAGCCAAACCAAGACUUGGAAGCUGAGCUGAAAGACCAACAGAAGGAGGAAGGGUUGCUGCCAGAUACACUGCCCAAGAGCAGUAGCACCCUUAUGAUGGCUUUCCGCGACGUCACUGUCCAGAUCGAUAACAAGAACAUCUCCGUCUCCUCGUCUACCUCGGUGUCUAUGGCAAACUGCCUCACUAACAACACCCAAGCCGGGAUUUCUCAGUCUGCCAAAAUCGAAGAAAUCCCAGAGGAAGGAGGGGACAAGGGCAAAGAGCCUCCAGCUGCCCCAGAAAGGCCGCCCGAAUCUGCAGUCCUCCAGAACAGCCACACGGUAGCCGAGGUGAAUGUCAACACCAACGGCUUGGGGGGAGUGGAAACGGAGACGGAGCAAAUGGUGAUGCAGAAGCUCCAGUUUGACUCGAACAACGAGACAGUGCCGAGCAAGGGCUCGGAGGCCGAAAACAUAGACAAUUCCGAGCAGCUCAGCAGCAGCAGCACCUCCACCUCAGCCAAGUCCGCCUCCGAGUUGUCCUCGAAGGAAGCCCUGCAGGCCAUGAUCCUGAGCCUUCCACGGUACCACUGUGAGAACCCAGCCAGCUGCAAAUCUCCUACUCUUUCCACAGAUACCAUGAGGAAACGGCUGUACCGCAUUGGGCUAAACCUCUUUAACAUAAAUCCAGACAAGGGGAUCCAGUUCCUUAUCUCUCGGGGCUUCAUCCCAGACACACCUAUCGGAGUGGCACAUUUCCUUCUCCAGCGCAAGGGACUCAGCCGCCAGAUGAUUGGGGAGUUCCUGGGGAAUAGCAAAAAACAAUUCAAUCGAGACGUCCUAGACUGCGUGGUGGAUGAGAUGGACUUCUCUGGCAUGGAGCUUGACGAAGCUUUGCGGAAAUUUCAGGCGCACAUACGAGUGCAGGGAGAGGCCCAAAAGGUGGAACGGCUAAUCGAGGCUUUCAGUCAACGGUACUGCAUGUGUAACCCAGAUGUGGUCCAGCAGUUCCAUAACCCAGACACCAUUUUCAUCCUGGCCUUCGCCAUCAUCCUUCUCAACACAGAUAUGUACAGCCCUAACAUCAAACCUGACAGGAAGAUGAUGCUGGAGGAUUUUAUUCGGAACCUGAGAGGAGUAGAUGAUGGAGCUGAUAUACCCCGGGACCUAGUGGUCGGUAUUUAUGAAAGGAUCCAGCAGAGAGAGCUCAAAUCCAAUGAGGACCACGUGACCUAUGUUACCAAAGUGGAAAAAUCCAUUGUUGGGAUGAAAACGGUCCUGUCGGUGCCACACCGCCGGUUGGUUUGUUGCAGCCGCCUUUAUGAAGUGACGGACGUGAACAAAGUGCAGAAGCAAGCGGCGCACCAGAGGGAGGUUUUCCUCUUUAAUGACUUGCUAGUGAUUCUCAAGCUUUGCCCCAAGAAGAAAAGCUCUUCCACCUACACAUUUUGCAAAUCGGUUGGCUUGUUAGGAAUGCAGUUCCACCUCUUCGAGAAUGAAUAUUACCCGCAUGGCAUCACUUUGGUGACUCCAGUUUCAGGCUCUGAUAAGAAACAGGUACUCCAUUUCUGUGCUCUGGGUGCAGAGGAAAUGCAGAAAUUUGUGGAAGACCUGAAGGAGUCAAUAGCAGAGGUGAUGGAGCUAGAACAGAUCCGCAUUGAAUGUAAGGCUCCCGGCGCGGCCCAGACUCCAUGCAGUCAUUCUGUCUGGGAGUUGGAGAAACAGCACGGGGCAAGGAACCUUUCCUUAAGGAGCAAUGGAGCUCAGAUGGAAACACAAUCCAAGCAAGGAUCUCCAACAGGCAAAAAAGAUUUGGGGGAGAAGAUCCCGGACAGCACAGUGGAGGUGUCAAUUCACAACAGGCUUCAAACGUACCAGCACAACUCCGUCCCGGGGCUCGAGAGUGGAAUGCAGCCCAGCACGCAUCCUAAUUUGCCACGAGAGAGGCUGGAGACAGCAUUGGUGCCCUCUUACCCUGCCUCGGCAGGGACGCUUGUACAGUGCCAGCAGAUUGUCAAAGUCAUAGUCUUGGACAAGCCGUGCCUCGCUCGUAUGGAGCCGGCCCUCAACCAGACUCUGACACGUUACGUCUCCUCCGAUUCCUGCAGCUCCACCCCCUUGCGUGGUCUAGGCAGCGGGCUCCAAGGGACCCCCAUGAAAAUCAUCCAUCAGCCCCCACUUCCGCCGCCACCGCCACCCUACAACCACCCGCAUCAAACCUGCCCCCCGAGCUCCUUGCUUGAGAGGCGCAGGUACUCCAACGGCUCACGCAGUCUAGUGUAGCAGCGCCACCAGCACUAGCCAAAAAAAAAACAGCACAGACUUACCCUGGGACCCUUUUCUGUCUUCAAAGAAAAUCUAGUUUGUGAUUUAUUUUUUAGUAAAAAAAAAAAAAAAGUAAGAGAA